GCGAAUUGAUGGAAAUUUGAAAUUAGUUUUCCGUAAGGUUGCGUGUGCUGUUAUUAUCGGCAAACCACAAUGAGUUCUGCAGAUAUUGAAGAAUCUAUUACACCUGGAAGUGUUGAUUAUAAAGGAAAAUCUGCAUGGCAAGAAAUUCGCCACUGUGUUCGAUCUUCUCGUAAAAUCCACUCACAAUUUGCGCAAAAAGUCCCGCACGAUUUUACGUUUGUUUUAAACAAUACUGACACGGAUCAAAACAAAACUGGGACUGAGUUUUCUGAAAAUAAAGUUUCGCGUCUUUUCUUCUUGGGUGUGCUUCAGGGUCAAAGAGAAAACACCUUAUUAUACGUGGACAUACCAAACACAUCAACCAAUCUAACAUUAGAUAAGCCAGCCGAAUGGAAUUCUGCUUUUGGAUAUUUUCAGCCAAAUUUGCAAACGGACAAAUACUCAAAAGAGGAAGAACUUUUACGCGAGAGAAAAAGGGUCUCGUUUCAUGGUAUAACGUCAUACCACAUCAGUUUCAACAACCAAGUUCUCAUGUUCCCUUCUACUGGCAGCAUAUAUACAAUAAGGAUGGAGGAUCUUGGAAGGGUAGAAUCAAAAUAUUCUAUUCGAUCUGGAAUGUUUCUUAUGAAUUAUGUCGUGGAACCUAAACAUGUUGACACAAGUUGCCAACACAGUAGAAUGGACCCCAAGUUUUCACCAACCGACCCAAACCUCAUAUCUUUUAUCCAUGAUAACGAUAUAUGGGUGACACACACUGGGAGUGGGUGUGAAAAAAGGCUCACUCAUUUCCAUAAAGGUUGUAAGAACAAAACGGACAACUAUUUAUCUGCUGGCAUUGCCUCAUAUAUCGUACAAGAGGAAUUUGAUCGCUACACUGGGUACUGGUGGCAACCUAACAACCCUGCAGGUGUUCACCGCAUUCUGUAUGAACUUGUCGAUGAAUCUGAAGUUGAAAUCCUUCAAAUCUCGAACCCUUUGGGUCAGCCGAGUUGCGACUCUUAUAGAUAUCCAACACCAGGUUCCCCAAAUGCGCGAGUAACUUUACAGUUGGUUGAAUUCACAACCACUGGAAAUGGAGAGAUUCAAAACCUCAUCACAAGAAAGCUAUCUGAGCCUUUGCAUGAAAUAUUCCCAUGGUUGGAAUACAUAGUGAGAAUAUCAUGGAUACCUAGUGGAAAGGGAGUAUGGGCUCAACUUCUGGACCGAAAGCAGCAAAAAACUGCCGUUGUUUAUAUUCCGUUGUCCCGUUUUACCCACAGUAGUAGUGGGGGGUGUGUUGAACCAUCUUACCCCGCCGAGGGGGUGGGUAAUGGGGUCGACAUCGAGAUGAUUGACGAUACACCGACAACCACUUUAACCUCUUUAUAUUCGAAUGUCAAAAUAUUAUAUGAAGAGACAUCGGAUGUUUGGAUCAAUGUCCACGACACGAUUUACUUUUUCAAAGAUAAUCUUCCCGAUGAAGUUCGUUUCAUCUGGGCAAGUGAACAUACAGGGCACAGACAUUUAUAUCUUAUCAGCUCGCAACUGAAACAGCCUUGCAGUUCAAAGAGACACAGCACCGGGGAUCUUGUUUCAGGCGAUUCAAGAUAUUGUGUAUGUACAGUGACACCUCUUACUUGUGGGGAAUGGGAGGUCUUGGAACAUUCAGAUUCAUUGUGGGUGAACGAAGACACACAACAAGUAUAUUUCAUGGCGCUCAAGGAUUCACCGCUUGAAAGUCAUUUAUACAAAGUAUCUUACAGCAAUCCUCAGGAACCUGUGUGUUUAACUCAGUUCGGAUAUUCACAUGCAGUGUCUAUGAGCAAGGGUUGUGAGCAAUACGUGUCGGUAUCUAGCAACAUUCACGAGUUGUAUUCGGCAAAGAUCUUCAAAUGUUCGUCCCAACCUGAGGUGUUGGUCAACUUACUUGAUUCAUCUUCAGGCGUACCCGACUACACCCCUCCACAACUUUUCUCAUUCACCAAUUCGUCGGGCGAUCAAAUACACGGGUUGUACCACGCGCCAAGUAACUUGGAAGUUGGGAAGAAGUACCCGACGGUGUUGUACGUAUACGGGGGACCACACGUUCAAUUAGUGACCAACUCGUUCAAAGGUUUGCGAUACCAACGUUUAUAUACGUUGUCAUUACUUGGAUACGUGGUUGUUAUUAUUGAUGGGAGAGGUUCAACGCACAGGGGGCUCAAGUUUGAAAGUUAUCUCAAAAAUAAAAUGGGUAAAGUGGAGAUGGACGACCAAGUUGAAGGAUUACAAUAUUUAUCCCAUAAGUUGAAUUAUAUGGAUCUAACACGAGUAGCCAUUCAUGGAUGGUCAUAUGGUGGUUAUUUAUCAUUGAUGGGUCUUGCACAACGCCCCGAUAUUUUCAAGGUUGCAAUAGCUGGAGCACCCGUGGUUAACUGGACAAAAUACGACACCGGUUACACGGAGAGGUACAUGGGAACACCUGAUGCAAACCCUGAAGCUUAUGAUGAAGGCUCAGUUACAAGAUGUGCUGCUAGCUUCCCUAACGAGCCAAAUAGACUGUUGAUAGUUCACGGUCUAAUUGAUGAAAACGUACAUUUUGUCCACACUACUGAUCUUAUAAGCGCGCUUGUGAAAUGUUGCAAACCUUACCAACUACAGAUCUACCCCGCUGAAAGACACGGCAUCCGCAACCCCGACAGCAACGAACAUUUCGAGGUUGCCGUCAUUUCAUUUUUACAACAACAUUUGUAAUGACUUUGAUUUAGAAAUUGAUUUUAGACAAAAUUUAAUUUAAGUUUAUAAUGGUGCUUGUUAUAUAUCAGUGCUUCUCAACCUUUUUGCAAAACAAUCCAAAAAUUAAACAUAAAUUUGAAAAAAAAUGUUGACAACCUAAUUUCUGAAAACUAUAACUUUUGUAAAAACUUUCACAAUAACAUUCAAAAGGGUAGUAGGCGACCCAACCAAAUCCCCCACACCAACCACUGUAGUGGGCAACCCAACCAAAUCAAAUGGUGACCGAGGGGUUGAGAAGCACUUUGUUGAAUGAUUCAGCCUUAUAAUAUUUCUUAACAUGUAUAAGUACUAUGGUUAAUUUUAUUUAAAAACUUGAAUUUUAUUGUGAUUUUAUUUGGUAACUAUGUCAGCAACAGUAUUACUCAAUGCGUUCGCAAAACAUGUUCAAUAAAUAAUUGAAAAAGUUU